AUUAUAUUGCUGAAAAGUGAAAAUAAUCACAAUAAUAUCUUAAAAGUAUAAUUUCGUGUGCUCUGUUUUAGUUUAAGAAUAGACCGAAUCCUAAUUAGUUUGGUAGGCCGAUCUUAAAUCUUAUAUUGAUCACAAUUUAUACUUGAUACGACAAAUAUUAAACAGUUUCAAUAUGGCUGAGCUUGCUGCAUUACUACAAACAGAGAUUCCUGAAGGGCGAAAUCACCUAACAGAUAGUCAUACGAAUCUCGAAAGAGUGGCAGAAUACUGCGAAGCAAAUUAUUUCCAGUCUGAAAACAAACGAUUAGCACUCGAAAGUACUAAGAAUUAUACUACCCAGUCUUUGGCAAGUGUUGCAUACCAAAUCAACACUCUUGCAUAUAACUUUUUGCAAUUGUUGGAGCUACAAACCAUGCAGUUGGCAGAAAUGGAGGGACAAAUGAACCACAUUGCUCAGACUGUAGCUAUACACAAAGAAAAGGUUGCUCGCAGAGAAAUUGGUGUUCUUACUGCUAAUAAAGUAACUAACAGGCAAUAUAAAAUAAUAGCACCAGCUAAUCCUGAAAAGCCUAUAAAGUAUGUAAGGAAGAGUAUUGAUUAUACAGCUCUUGAUGACAUUGGUCACGGUGCACGUUGGAACAGUAAUGUCAGUGGAACCCCUCGAGGACGUCGCUCAAGCUCAGUGCCUGGGGCUGCACCUCUUCCCGCCCCAACCACAAAACCUCCCACACCACCAGCUGCUGUGCGUUCUGCCUCAGCAUCCAAUACUGGCACUUUAGGACGUGGUACACUUGGCAAGUCAUCACGUGAGUACCGUACACCACCUGCUGUGGCUCCCCCACAAGUGCCUUCACAUUAUGCCCCUAACUACCCUCGACGCCCUCCUGGCUACUCCACCCUGCCUGUAGCACAACCACAGGUUGGUAUGGUACAUCCAACACAACAUCAGUCUCCUAACAACUAUUCUCAACAAGAUCUACAUGCGAGCAUGCCACCCCCUCCAUCACCUUUGAUUGGAUCUGAUGGAGAACACAGCCAGCAUUCUAUGAGCCUUCCUGGUCAGCGUGCGUCUUCAUCUUCGGCGGGUGGGUCUAUCCGCGGUGGUUCGGUGUCUCCCCCCCUACCGCCACCCCCCAUGGACGAUGAACUCGCGCACGAUGGGUUUGGACGACAACAGCACGUGCAUAACAAGAUGGGCCCAUACAGUGGAGCAGUGCCGGCCAUAGUGCCAGACGAAGAAGACUUGCCCGGGUGGGUGCCCAAGAACUACCUUGAGAAAGUUGUGGCAAUCUAUGACUACUAUGCAGACAAAGAGGAUGAACUGUCAUUCCAAGAGAGUUCUGUUAUCUAUGUUUUGAAAAGGAAUGAUGAUGGAUGGUGGGAAGGUGUUAUGGAUGGAGUCACUGGGCUCUUCCCUGGUAAUUAUGUUGAACCCUGCGUGUAAUUAAAAAAAUGUAUGUUUCUAUCCUCCUAAAUUGCUGAUUGAACUGAAUUUAAUGGCGCUGGUCCACAAUCUGUCACAGAGAAUCAAAAUUUGGCUUGAAAAACAUUUAUUGUAUUUUAUGGAGGUAAAACGUUAAAAAUUUACACAGCUGUCAAAACGCUUGUUUGUACAAGACGGCGUCAAGUAACAACUUAGUAAUUACAAAGUGGGGAGCAAAGGAAUCCAAUGAAAUAUUUUUUAAGUAUUAUAAAAAUGCUUAUAAAGCUUUUGUAAUAAACUCUAUGAAUCUAAUGUUUCAUAUGUUUAAAGCUGUCGAUUUAAUGGUCUCUGUGUUCAAAAUGGCACCAAAUAGUCAAUUUAAAUCACUCAUUAAAAUAGCAAAAUGGGGGUAUAAUAUCUGGUAUAAUAUUUAGUACCAUAUUUCCAAUUAAAGAUUUUUGUUAUUAUUCUUAUUAAGUAGUAAUUGUAUUCUUGAUUAAAAUUAAGCAAUUAUAGUAUAAUAAUUAGCAUUUAUGUUAUCUGGAUUAUACAAUACCUAUAUAAUGGUGAAAUAAUGUUCGUAAUUUAUAUUUUUGUAAGCCAAAGGAGUAUCUUUAAAAUUGAUUGAUUUUUAGUGUAUAAACUGAUAGAUUUAAGCUAUUUAGAUUUAAUAGUUCAAUAGUAAUAUCAUGCCAGAGCUUAACACAUUUACAUGUUUUUAUCUUAAGUUUUUAACCUUUCCUUUGUAGCGUGGGUAUAAACUCGUAAUUUUU